AUGAGGACUCACUCCCAGAUCAGGGAGAGAGACAAUUAUGAAGCAUACUCCUUAGAUGAAGGAAAACCUAGACAAGGCAUCCCAGAGAUCAAUAAAGCAUCUGAUAGAAAGUUCUUUGAAGGUGACAUUAUUGUGCCGUUGGAAAAAAACGCACUUAGAAACAGCUCCUACAGAUGGAAACUUCCAGUUCCUUACAUAAUGGGUGAUAGCUUAGAUCUGAAUACCAGGGGUGUUAUCUUGCAGGCAUUUGAGAUGUUCCGACUCAAAUCUUGCAUUGACUUCAAACCCUACGAAGGAGAAAAAUCAUAUCUCCAAUUUGAAAAAUUGGAUGGAUGCUGGUCGUUCGUGGGUGAUUUUCAGACUGGCCAGAAUGUUUCUAUUGGACCGCGCUGUGAAUAUAAGGAUACUGUCGAACACGAGGUUCUACAUGCUCUUGGGUUUUAUCAUGAACAGUCCCGCACUGAUCGAGAUGAUUAUGUUAACAUUUGGUGGGGUGAAAUUAUUGAAGGUCAAGAGCACAACUUCAACAAAUACGAUGAUGAUUUCAUUUCUGACUUAAACACACCAUAUGAUUAUGAAUCUGUCAUGCAUUAUGGGCCAUAUUCAUUCAACAGAAAUAGUAGCAUCCCUUCAAUUACAACUAAAAUUUCAGAAUUCAAUGAUGUGAUUGGGCAAAGCCAGGAUUUGAGCAGGAUAGACCUACAAAGACUGAACCGCAUGUACAAUUGUGCUUCUAGCCUCACGCUACUUGACCAGUGUUCCUUUGAAUCCAUUAAUAUCUGUGGCAUGAUCCAGAAUGCAAAAGAUGAUGCGGAUUGGCAGCAUACUGUAAUCUCAAAUGGUGGCAACAACUUAGUGGGCCAUUGUCCAGAGAUGGGAUAUUUUAUGCGGCUGGACACUACAGCAGGACAGUCAGGUGACUCAGCCAUUUUGGAAUCACGGAUCCUUUACCCGAGAAGGAAUGAAAAAUGUCUUCAGUUUUUUUACAAAUUUGAUGGAAGUCUACAAGAUGAACUCAUUAUUUGGAUUAAAAGUGAUGAUGGAACUGGAAGUGUUCGGAAGACAGCUAAACUACAAGCAAUCUCUGCUGAUGGAGAACGAAACUGGAAUUUAGCCACUAUUCCUUUCAGGAUCAAGACUAAAUUCCGAUACGUUUUUCAUGGCAUUAAAGGAAAUACAUCCAGCUCUAUUGGUGGCGUUAAUAUCGAUGAAGUCAGUUUGACAGAAACGCAAUGUCCCACUGGCAUCUGGCAGAUAAGAAACAUUACUUCCCUUUUAAAUAGAACCUCAAAAGGAGAUAACAUUUCAAGUCCUCUGUUCUAUAGUUCAGAGGGUUACUGUUUUGUGCUCAGACUCUUUCCUCAUGGUCCAGCCAGCUCAACAAGCACAAGUUAUUUGGGAAUCAUGUUUGCUCUGUGUAGUAGCCAGAAUGAUGGUGCUCUGGAGUGGCCAGCUGGGAAUAGGCAGGUGAUCUUCACCAUAGUUGAUCAAGAUCCCGAUAUAACCCAAAGGAUGUCAGCAAGUCGGACCUUUACAACAGACCCAGAACAACUUCAUAAUGGGAGAUAUUUUUGGGACAAACCCUCAACUAUUGGAUCUUUUGAUCCUUUCUAUAACCAAUACAUAGGCCCGAUGUGGGGCUGGAAUUACAUCCUGCCACACAGUGAAUUGCAUCGAAGAAAUUUCCUGAAAAAUGACAAUUUAAUAAUCUUUGCCAGUUUUGAAGUUGUCGAAGACCCAGGUAGUGUUUUAUAAUCUCUGCGACUCAAUUCCUUUGUGAAGGUUUUUGCCGUUGUUUGAUCUUUGGUAUAAUUUAGAGAUUUAUUAUUUCUACUGAAGAAAAUAAAUUCAAGUUAAUGAAUGCAUAUAUUCUUCUGAAUAUUGUCUGUAUUGCAACCUGCACACUAUCAGAGCUUGUAAGUUUAUCAGUCUAUUACAUUACAUUGUGCUCAAAGUAAUUCACAGGGAAUAAGUAAUCUAAAUAUAGUAACAGCAAGGACAGGGAAGAAAUGUAGUUUUAACUUAAUUACUAAGUGUAAUUUAUAUGUCCUCCAAAAAAAGCUUGAGAAAGAAUGCUAAAAUAUUCAUAUUUUGUUAAAUAAUUUGCAAAUGUAAAAAUGCAUACAAAAGGCACACCAGCAUACUUCAGUUAGCCAAGUCUCUAAUAGAGAAACUCCUUUCUAUAAUGUCUUUUUACAUCCAAACAGCCCCUGGCGAAACCAAGACAUGCAUCUUCAGUUUACAAUGAUGUGUCUUUAGUAAAACAUGAAAUAAAGUUUGAACUUGUAGAAAAUGAA